UCGUGACGCAGAGAAACGCGGUAAAACGAUAUUCCGGUUUGUAGAAGGAGGGCAGCAGCAGCAGCAUGGCAUCCGACAGCACCAUGGAUAACGUUAAUGGACGAGAGACCGUUUCCCUGAACGGGGAGCCGAUAGUUAAGCGGCCACGGGAGAGUGUCUCGCAGGAGUGUCCUCUCCGUGUCCCGAAGGAGCCUCAGAACAAAGUGACCGUCGUGCUCGGAGCGCAGUGGGGCGACGAGGGCAAAGGAAAAGUUGUGGACUUGCUCGCAAUGGAUGCGGAUAUUGUAUGCAGGUGCCAGGGAGGCAACAAUGCAGGUCACACAGUGGUUGUGGACUCAGUGGAGUAUGACUUCCACCUGCUGCCCAGUGGAGUGCUCAACAAGAAGGCAGUCUCCUUCAUUGGCAACGGAGUGGUGAUACACCUACCAGGUCUUUUUGAGGAGGCUGAGAAGAACCUGCAGAAAGGCAAAGGAUUACAAGGAUGGGAGGAGAGAUUAAAGAUAUCUGACCGUGCCCACCUUGUGUUCAACUUCCAUCAAGCUGUUGAUGGAAUCCAGGAGCAGCAGCGGCAGCAACAAGAAGGGAAAAAUUUGGGAACCACCAAAAAGGGUAUCGGUCCUGCCUACUCCUCCAAAGCUGCUCGCAACGGCCUGCGGGUCUGUGACCUCGUCUCAGACUUCAAGGUUUUCGAGGAAAAGUUCCGUAUGUUGGCAGAACAUUUCCUGACCAUGUAUCCAAAACUUAACGUGGACGUUGACAGUGAACUGGAGCAGCUGAAGGGACUUGCAGAGAGACUGCGUCCUCUGGUGACUGAUGGGGUCUACUUCAUGCACAGAGCUCUUACUGGUCCCAGUAAGAAGAUCCUGGUGGAGGGAGCCAACGCUGCUCUGCUGGAUAUUGACUUUGGGACGUAUCCUUUCGUGACGUCUUCUAACUGCACUGUGGGAGGAGUGUGCACUGGUCUGGGCGUGCCGCCAUCAUACGUUGGCCGAGUGUACGGUGUCGUCAAAGCGUACACCACCCGGGUGGGCGUCGGCGCUUUCCCAACAGAGCAGGAUAAUGAGACUGGAGAACUGUUACAGUCCAGAGGGCGAGAGUUCGGUGUGACGACGGGCAGAAGGAGGCGUUGUGGUUGGCUGGACCUGAUACUGGUCCGGUACGCCCACAUGGUCAACGGCUUCACUGCGAUUGCCCUGACGAAGCUGGACAUUUUGGACACGCUGCCGGAGAUUAAAGUGGGCGUGGCCUAUAAAGUUGAUGGACAAUCUCUACCAAGUUUCCCCGCGAACAUGGACGUUUUGACGCGGGUGUCAGUGGACUACGAGACGUUGCCCGGCUGGUGCUGCAACACGGAGGCAGCUCGGAGCUUCGAGGAGCUGCCGUCACAGGCACAGAGUUACAUUCGGUUCAUCGAGGACUUCCUGCAAGUGCCAGUGAAGUGGGUUGGAGUCGGCAAGUCCAGAGAGAGCAUGAUCAAACUGUUUUGAUCCGUCUGCAGACCUGUAGUCCUCCUCAACAAACAGUUCAGAUAAUGAUUUCAGGUUUUGGUAGGAUUACAGGAGGAGUUAAAAAUGCAAAAUCUCCUAAAGGAAAUACUUCACCAGCAAGGCUAUUUGUGAAAAUUUAAGUUGCUGCUUGGGAAUCACAUUUACAACUAUUUUUCUUGGGUAUAAUGUAUGCAUUCCGCAUAAUGUUUUCUAUAUUUAUUAGGCUGUUAACUUUUAAAACUUGGUGCAAAUGGGUUGAUCAUUUAUUCAUUUAUUGCAUUCUACAGUAAAGCGCGGUUGUUGUUUUUUUAGCAUUUGAAGCUAAUUAAUCUUAAUUGAUCUGUUCUCCAGGUUGUUGUUUUGUCACAUAUAUCUGCAGAGCCAUUGAUGAACAGAUGUAGAAGCCUUCGUAUUAAAGGGCACAACAUAAUAAAGAGAUUAUUUUCAGACUUCGUAAUGAGAUGGACAAAUGAUUGGAAGUCAUUGUGCGAUUGCAAACUUUUCUAUCGAACCAUUUUAAAACACUUUAAAAACACGAAUGCAUCUCAGUUAAGUUUGUAACAAUAUGUUCAUGAUGUAUGUUGGAAUGAACAUAAUGCUUUUUAAAUCAUACUCAAAAUGGAAAACUCAACACUAAACAACUGAAUUUGAAUAGAUGUUUUCCUCAUCAUAAUUGAGGAAAAGUAGGUAGAAAUUCCUCGAACACAGAGAUAUUGGCUCUUUUUGAGAAGUUUGUGUAAAUGUAAAAAAAAGAAAAGAUCCAGUAAUGUUCCAAUGUUUCCUACGUCAUUCAUUGUCAAUAAUGUAAAAGACUCUUACUCAGCUUACUCUUAUCAAUAAAAGGAAACUAAUCUUUA